CAAGUUGAGCGGCUUGAGCCUAUAAAAGGUUUCACACCACACCAUGCCAUAGCCAACAAGAAUGCAUAAGUUCCUGGACACGCCUUCCCCUCUGUGUCUAACUAUGGCAGAGGAUUCCACUAAGCAAGAGAAUAAGAAGAAGAAGAAGAUGAACAAGCAAGGUGGCUUGAAAACCAUGCCAUUUAUACUAGCAAAUGAUAUUUGUGAUAGAUUUGCCAUGACUGGGUUCAAUGCAAACUUGAUCACUUAUUUGACUCAAGAACUGCACUUGCCUCUUGUCCAAGCCACAAACACACUCACAGUCUUCAAAGGUACAUCAGAUUUCACACCGAUAAUCGGUGGUCUUAUCGCCGAUUCAUUUGCCGGACGUUUCUGGACCAUCACCGUCGGCACCAUCAUCUAUGAACUGGGAAUGAUUAGUUUGACUGUAUGUUCUUUUCUGCGGAUGUUCCGGCUUCCGUCUUGCUCUAAAAGCCAAAAGUGCCAGCGUGCUUCUUGGUGGCAACUUCUUGUUAUUUACAUGUCUUUACUAUUAACAUCGAUUGGUUCCGGUGGGAUACGGCCUUGCAUCGUCCCUUUCGGAGCCGAUCAGUUAGAAUCCGGCGAUCCAGAGAAUAAAUGGAAAGGGAGCUUCUUCAAUCUCUACUUUUUCUGCAUGGGUGUGGCGACAGUGACCGCACACACUGUGGUGGUCUACAUCCAAGACAAUGUGGGGUGGGGAUGGGGAUUGGGUGUGCCCACACUCUCUAUGUUUGCAUCUUUGCUAGUCUUUAUGGUCGGUUACCCGCUUUAUAUAAAGUUAAAGCCUGGGGGUAGUCCAUUGAAAAGGUUGACACAAGUUGUGGUUGCAGCCAUAAGGAAAAGAAAUGCAUCCAAGCCAACAGACCCAAGUCUUCUCUACACUGACAAGCAGUUGGAUGCAGACAUAUCCACCAAGGGGAGACUUUUCCAUACCAGCCAACUCCGAUUUUUUGAUAGAGCAGCGAUUGUCACAGAGAGUGACAAGUUACAAUUGGGUGAGUUGAGGUUAUGGAGAUUAUCGACAGUUCAUAGAGUAGAGGAGCUAAAAUGUAUUAUCCGAGUGUUGCCAUUCUGGGUAGUCGGAAUCUUGUUGGCGGCCUCUGCCUCUAAUAACCAUUCAUUCUCAAUACUACAAGCUCGAACAAUGGACCGACAUAUAUCAUCCAAUUUCAAAAUUCCUCCGGCAUCGAUGUCCGUCUUCUCUGACAUUGCUAUGCUAGUCACCCUUGCCAUGUAUGACAGAAUCUUCGUCCCCUUGGCUCGUCGGUUUACUAAUAAACCUUCUGGUUUUACUAGCCUACAACGUAUUGGUAUUGGUCUUGUCAUCACCUUGUUUUGCAAUGUGUCCGCCGCACUUGUCGAGGUUAAGAGGAAAGCUGCAGCAGCCGAGAAUGGAUUGAUAGAUGAACCGAAAGCUGUGAUACCAAUAAGUGUGUUUUGGUUGGUGCCUCAAUAUGCUAUUCAUGGAAUUGGUGACGCUUUCAUGCAAGUUGGUCAAAUGGAGUUUCUAUAUGACCAAGCACCGGAGAGCAUGAGAAGUGUUGCAGCAGCUUUGUACUGGUUGGCCAUAUCCAUUGGGAGCUAUUUGGGCACAGUUUUGGUUAGUCUUGUGAGUAGAAUUACAGAGAAGAGUGGGGAGUGGUUGCCGGAUAAUAUUAAUAAGGGGAAGCUUGAUUAUUAUUAUUGGCUUGUGGUUGGAUUGCAAGUGGUGAAUGUUAUGUAUUUCCUUGUCUGUGCCAUGUUGCACACUCUGAAGCCUUUGGAAGUGAUGGAAGAUAACCAGAUAUUGAAGGCUGAGGGAAGAGAAAGUGAGGUUGGUGAAGGGCGUGAAAGUAAUGGGACCUCUUUUGCAUAAGACUUUAUUGUAUUUGUUUUGUAUUAUAUGUGCCUGUAUUUUAGUGGUAUUUGUUAACAUAUAUAUGUUGGAUAUUAAGGUAGUUGUGGAAUCAAAUAAAAGUUAAACUUGCCACCA